CAUUGAACAGGUGUAGCGGCUCAGACGUGCGGUCUGUGCGACAAACGGGCUGGUCUGUCCCGGACGGUUCUUCGGUUCUUCUCGUCAAAUGAAAAGAAUGAAGAGUUUGUUGUUUUGAGAUGUUUCCGUUCAGAUGAGAUGACGUCAUGUCGGUCCGCAGCUGCUGAAAACUCACCGGGUGUUUCUCUGGACGCACGUUUGGAUUUGAAGGAGUGAGACGUGGAAACACCUGCUGCCCACCGAGUUUCUGAACUUCACCUCCAACCUGAGGAUGUUUGAUUAAAACCAGAAGAAGGGAGAUUUAAAUGAAGAUGUUGUUGUUGCUGAAGAUGUUGAGGAUCAGGACUCAGGCAGAGCUUCUCACGCUGUUCGUCCUAACUG